AUGAGUUCUAGUUCUGUUGAACAACAACAGAAUGAUGAUGAUAAUGUCAAUAGAGAAAACGAAAAUAGAGAAAUGUCAAUUCUGACGAGUGGUGAUGAUGUUGAUAUUCAACAAAAACAACAACAGCAAUCUUGUUCGGAAUCAAUUGAGAAUGGUACUGCUAUGCAAUUGGAUGACAAUGAGAAGAAUGAUGGCAAUGGAAAAGAUCAAGAUCAGGAUAUUGUUGAAGAUGAAGAUGUCGAAGAUGGUGAGAUUGACGAUGGAGGUAUUCUCGAGCUUGGUGGCGAACCACUUCUCAAGUUGGAAAAGAUUGAAGAUCAAUAUAUAGAUACUACGACGCCUGUCAUUUUGGCAUCGUCAUCAUCGACACUGCUACAUGAUCAUCAUCAUCAUCAUCACGAGGGAAUAAUCGAUCAUCACAUGAUGGACGAUCACGUUCAUGAUCAUGAUCAUGACUAUCAUCAUCAUCACGAUGUCGACGUUGAUGUCGAUGAGUUGUACGCUAUGAAUGGAGUGGUGGCUGUGGUUGUUCCACCGAUUUUGGCAUCGGACGACGACGAGGACAACCUGCCAAACUACCACCAGCACCCGGUAGUUGCACCGGAACAGAUUAUGUAUGGAGGUGCCAGUUCAUCGAUGAUUGUCGAUCCUCAUGCUUCGACGACACCCUACACAUCGGUGGUGGGCGGUCGACUCUACGUACCGUACGCCAACGACGCCAAGAAGUUGGAGGACAAGGAAGACGACUUCCUUGCAUCGCUACGCGACUAUGAGAAACUCAAAGAGAAGCGAGGACGUGACCGAAGUUGGAACACAGCAGCAGUCAUCACUCAAGAAGCAGAAGCAGAAGUAGAAGUAGAAGUCGUAGCAGCAGAAGUAGAAGUAGGAGCUAUAGAAGAUCCUCUUACGAUAGUCAAAGUCGAAGUAGAAGCCGUAGUAGAAGUCACAGAAGAAGUUAUAGAAGAAGAUCGAGCAGGCAUUCAUCGAGAUCGCGAAGUCGCAGUUGGAGUCGGUCCAGUCGUAGUCAGAGUGGUUCGCGAACAAGAUCGUCCACACAUCACAAGAGCAGGAGAAGUGACCGAUCUCGACGUUCCAACAGAGACAGAAGUCUAUCGAGAAGUUGGAGUAGAUCAAGAUCGCGAUCGAGUAGCUACAACGAUAGAAGCAGUAGGAGCAGAUCAGGAUCAAGAUCAAAAUAACAAUAAGAGUAGUACAAGUAGCAGUCCAGAUAAAUCUGUUGUAACAUCAACGACAACAAUAAAAAGUAAUGAAGUAUCAAGUACAAAAGAGACUGCGACAACUUCAUCAACACCACCUCCUCCACCUCCAACCAUCAUUUCAACAACGACAACACCAUCACCAAUAAUCGCAACUCCAAUACCACCCCCUCCACCUGCAACAAUCAUUUCCACACCAAUUUCAAUUGCUUCAACGACAAUAGCAAUGCCAACAGUAACAACAGCAUCAGCAGCAACAGUUUUUACGAUGGCACCACAACAACAACAACAACAACAACUACAACAAACACCUAAGAUUCAAUUUGGAUUCAACGCGAAACCAAAUAUUAAUAAUAAUAACAACAACAAUCCCAAUAUGUCCAAUGGUUUUGGCAACCAUCAUGGACAUUUUAAUAAUGGUGGCGGUGCUUACAAUCAAUAUCCACCACCACCACCACAACUUUCACCUAUGAACAACGGUGGUUAUAAUCAUCAUAAUCACCAUGGUGCACCACCACCACCUCCACAUCACAAUCAUCACCAUCAUCCAAGAAACGAUCAUUAUUCAAGACAUCAUGAUUACGGAUAUGGUAUGAACGGUUACAACAAUCACUAUCCACCACAUCACAAUAGAGGUGGACAUCAUCAUAAUCACUACGACCACCGUGGUCCACCACCUCCACAUCACUACGACCAUCGCGGUCCACCACCACCUCAACUUCCACCACAUCCACAUCACAAUCACUACGAUCAUCGCGGUCCACCACCACCUCUACAUCCACAUCAUCAACCAACACCACAACCACAAAUUCCACAACAACCACUCAUUGAUAAAGCAUUACAACAGCAAUCACCUCAUUAUCAACCACCUCCAACUCUUAAUUCAUCAUCAUCUUCAACACCAACUUUAAAUAACAAUAACAACAAUAACAAUAAUAACAACAGUAAUAACAAUAUAAACAAUUAUAGUAUAACAGGUGAAAACUCUGCAAAUACAACACCUUCCAAUACACAAUCAGCUUCACCUCAACCAUCAUUGUCACCUGUCAUACCAUCAGUUACAACAACAACAACAUCAACAACACCAAUAUUAACACCUUUAUCGAAUAACAAUACACCUGAACAAACAUCAUCACCAAAUACACCAAUAUCUACUACUUCAACAGUAACACCAACAUUAACAUCAACAACGACAACAACCACAACCACUACAGCUACAUCUAAAACUACAGACACCAACAAUGAUAGCAAUAUUAUCGAUAAUGAUAAUAAUCAUGUAAAUAACAAGUCAAAUGAAAAUCAACAACAAUCAAGCAUAACACCAACAACAACAACACCAAUACCAAUACCAAUAGCAUCACAAUAUGUGGUACCUCCUGUUACCAAUACUGCAGUCACCACCUAUUCAACAUCGGAAUGGGUCGGAAAAGAGAUAGAAAUUGGAGAGUUGGUAAAGAAUGAAUAUAAAAUGAAUUUAAUUAUAGAUAUCGAUCAUAUCUUAAUACAUUCACUUAAAGAAGAUAUGGUUGAUCAAAAAGAAAAGAGUGAUACCAUUCAGUGUAUCAUUGAUAAUUGUACCCACUACGUUAAGAUUAGACCAUAUACCAUUACAUUCCUUAAGACCCUCUAUCCUCUAUUCAACAUUACUCUAUUUUCACUCAAUCAUAAAUCUUAUGUCAAUAAGAUGGUUGAAAUAAUAGAUCCAAGUAAAACAUUGUUUAAAAACAUUAUAACUAUUGAAUCGUUUGGAGACAACAUUCCAAAGCAACAAACGAAUCGACCCUACUCACUAUUCACACCUUCCAACUUUUCAAGUAUCUUUAAAAUCGACUCAUCUGAAUCGAUCGUUGUUAUAGAUGAUCGAGAAGAUAUCUGGAGACAAUUUAGAGAUAAUUUGAUUAUGGUUGAAAGAUUUAUACAUUUCAGUAAGGACGUUGAACAUUCGAAAAUUACAACCUACCACUAUCCAUUCUCGAUUCAGGAUCUUUCGAAACAAUAUCACUUCCCCAAGUUGGAACCAUCGAUUCCCUACUUGGAGAUAUUCUCGCGACUCUUGAAGAUCAUUCAAUGCGAAUACAUGUCGAGAGUACAAGAGACACAACAGAUCAACAACAACAACAACAACAACAGCAGCAGUGGAAAGCAACAACUAAUGGCAGGCGCUCAAACUAUCGACGAUAAUCUCAGUCAAUCGAGAACCAUCAUGAAAGAGAUCAGACAGAGUGUUCUGAUGGAUUGCAAUAUCGUUUUCAGUGGUAUCUUCCCAAAGCAGAUCGACUCUGCCAAGUUGGUUACGACGCGAAUCGUGCAACUCACAGAGUCGUUCGGUGCCAAAGUCCAAAUGGAUAUCACUGAUAACACCACUCAUCUCAUCUACAUCAAAGAGGGUACCUCCAAAGUAUUGCAAGCGAUGAAGUGUGGCAUCAAAGUGGUUCAUUUCGCAUGGCUAAGAGACUCAAUCUAUCAUUGGGAGAAAAUGGAUGAAUCAAACUAUCAAGCGCGUUCCACUGUCAUUCCACAACUAACACCAACAAAGAAAUAG